AAUAAUAGUAAUUUAAAUGAAUUUCAAGCAACCAAACAAACAAACAAUGAAUCUGAUUCACCUGCAUCAAGGAAAUCAUCCUCCUCUUUAAGCUCAAGAGCAUCGACAAAUGGUGAAAAUUCACUGACUUCACCAAGUGUUAAUAGAAAGAGAUUGCUAAUCUUUUUAAAAAAGGAAUGGUAUAUAGUUCAGAUGACACGAAUGACAGUGAUAAUGAGCAGCAUAAAAAAGAUGAUACUCCGACAAAUUUACCAAAAAAGACCUUCAAACGAAAUCCAACUCUUCCAACAGACCCUUCCAAAACACAAUCUGUCUCUCAAAGUAAAAUUCCAUCAAAUGAAAAUAAAAACGAGGAAACUAAUAUUCCUCAGAGCCCUUCUAGAUCAAUAAAUUCUCCAAGUUUACCAAAUAAUGAUGAUGGAGUUGCAAGCAAUGACAAUCAAGACGAUGAUCCUGAUGAAUUAGGCUAUCGUGGCAAUGAAAAUAACGGUGAUGGAGGUGACAGACACGUAGAUCUUCCUCGUGAUGAUGUUGAUGAAGAUAAAAUAAAUGAGAACCAACGAAAUCCUAAUGAUUUAAAUAAUCGUAACAAUAACAAUGAACGAAAUAGGAAUGAAAGAGCAGAUCAAAGAAAUCGAAACCCUCGACAAAACCAAAGAGGUUAGUUUUAAAAAUAUCAUGUAAGAUAAUAGAUUGUUUCAGUGUGACUUACAGUGCCAAGGGUCUUUGAUGAAGGCUAUCGAAAUAUAUUGCGCGCUGUAAAUUUUUGUAUCCACGUGUCAAUAUCGGCUAUGAAUGUGGUCUAGAGUACGAUCGAUAACAGAGUCAGUGCACACUAUACUUCUUGGUGCAAAAAUGUUCAAAUCAGUUAUGUUUACUGUACAGGUACAUGCGGUCGACAAUGACGCGAUCAAAGUAGUGCGUUCCAUAGCUUCCGUUGUCUAAGUGUAAAGGCUGAUUUUAGAUAUCAAAAGCUAUGGAGCGCAUCAACAAGACCCUGUCUUCGGCGACCUAAUGCACCUGAAUACCAUACACGAGAGAUAUGGAUAUUUCCGUAAUAAAAAUUUCAGUGUGCACUAUACCUGAACCCCAUCAUCAUGUAUUUUAUUUUUGGAAUAAACUGUAUGUACCUACUUCAACAAAUUUGCUCAAAAAGACAUGAAAUCUCUAAAAACUUAACCAAAGUCAUCAUGAAUGUCAAUAGUUAUUUUUACUGUGAAAUCACAGAUUAAAAAACAACUGAGAUCAAUUAGAAAAA